GAUAUAUAAAUAUAUACUUAAUUUAGUACAUAUAUAACAAGAAAAUACUUCCGACUCAAUUUCUUUGCAAUUUCUAUUGUAUUGUAUAGUGUGUAAUGUGCGUUCAGUGAAUGGUAGACUUUCGCAACCAGUCAGGUGGAACAUCAGCAGCAACAACAAAUUACCUAUGACGGAAAACUACUUGUUCGCGAGUGCAUUUAUGUAAAGAAUUACAAAGGUUUUAAUAAAGAAAAGCAAAUAAAACGAAAUAAUAUAACUAGUGUAAACUACACAUAACUAGUGCAAUCAACAUUAUAGUAACAAUAAAUACGCGCAUACACAAACAUAUACAUAACUAAACAAAAUGACGAAUAUGCGACCACCAAACAAAACUAUUCUCUUGAAAGUUGUCAUACUGGGGGAUGGUGGCGUUGGAAAAUCCUGUCUGAUGAAUCGCUUUGUUUCGAAUCGUUAUGAUGAAAACAACUUUCACACAAUUGGCGUUGAGUUUAUGAAUAAAAACAUAGAUGUAGAUGGCGAGAAGUAUACACUACAGAUUUGGGAUACAGCUGGUCAGGAGCGUUUUCGCGCACUACGCACACCCUUCUAUCGUGGCUCGGAUGUUUGUAUGCUUUGCUAUGCCGUCGAUGAUCGAGAUAGUUUUCGUGGCCUAAAGCAAUGGCGUGGUGAAUUCCUCAACUAUGCUGAUGUUAAAGCAGAUAAAUUUCCUUUUAUUGCAGUCGGCAAUAAGCUUGAUAUGGCACCCAAAUAUCGGCAAGUGAAUUAUGAAGAGGUAGAACAAUGGUGUCAAGAGAAUGGCAUUACCAGUCUCAUUGAGACAUCCUCGAAGGCUGCCUCCAAUGUGACCGAUGCAUUUGUGUUGGCCGUACGUCAGUGGAAGCAUAUGGAACGUGUUGCCGAAAUUGAAUUACGACAACAUAAUGAUACUAUCGAUCUAACACGUAGCAUACGUUUAGCGCAAAAUCGUUUCUGCUGUACUGGUGGUGGUGGCGGUAGUAGCGCUGGUAGUACAACAUCUGCCGAAGCUGAAAUGGAGGAUGAAUCGAUGCGUAGUGGUAAUAGUGGUAGUCGUCCAUCGCCCUUACGUUUUGUAAAGCGUAACGCAGCGGCUGCCAGGCAAACACAAGCAACGAAUUUUCAGCUUUAAAUGUGUACUUUACGAAAGUUUUAUUUUUAUUUUUUUAAUUAUAUUUUUUUUUAUUUACAUAAUUUCUUCCUUAAUUACGUACACAUAUUAAGUAGCUGUAACAUAGAAAAAAAACUCAACUAGUUUAAAACUAGUACAGAGGCGUGUAACGUAUGUAUCUGAUAGACUACACCAAAGGCAGCUAAGGGUUAAAGGCAUUAAAGGGUAUGCAGCAAAGAAGCGAGUCUAAAACGAAAAAAAAAA